GCGGGGCGGGGCGGGGCGUGGGUGCUGCUGCACUUCUCCACGCGCAGUGCAUCGCGGUGCAUCAGUCACGUAAUAGGGAUGCGCUUUUGUUUUUGUUCUGCAACGGACAGGCCGGACAGGCGAGCCUCACUCUCAGAGCAGCAGUCCUGGGCCACGCGGUUCUCCCUCUGCUCCAGGACUCUAGCGCCAGUCGGCACUCGGCCCGGGCGGGGCCGGGACGUCUCCGCGGUGGUCGAGCUUGUUGAGUCCCGGAACUGUUAUCCGCGGGGUGGGGGCGGGGCCGCGGGGGCGGGGCCCCGGAUUUCGUUAGGUUCCGGGGGCCGAACAAGGCACGGCUGGCGGGGCUCGCGGGGACGAUUAGCAGGCCUCCUUUCCGGCGCCGACGGUUACUUAGUUCCGAUUCCCGAUUUACAACUUCCCUCCCACUCAUUGCGAAACGCUCGUAAACGGAUAAUUGCUUCAUAAAUGGAGUGUGACUGGCCGACUGGCCGACUGGGGCGGGCCAACUACAAGGAAACGGACCGGCGCUCCGACAAGUCAUGCAAAUGUGGUUCUUGUCCGCAGUUGGCGCUCUUGGUGGUCCUGGCGGCACUCGUCGGCACGAGCAUCGGGGGGUCCGGCAAGGGCGGGCGCAAGAUCAUCAUCCACGUGCCAUACUACGUCAAGAACCACCACCACACGCACACCGUGUUCAAGUACAUGAAGGGCAAGGACCACGCCGAGGGCGACACCGAGACCGUGGGCGACGGCGGGCACGGCGACCCCAGCCACGCGGAGGACCUCGGCCACCACGACGAGGGCGCUGGCCUCGCCACGCAGGACUCGCCCCAGGCCCUCGGGCUUCGCGGUCACCACGGUCAUGGUGGUCACGGCGGCGGCGGCGACAACCGAGCAGACAUCCGCGGCCACAACCGCGGGCGCCUCUACCGGCACCGCAGCCAGCAGCAGCAGCGCGUGCGGGAGUCGGACUCGCACUUGCACCGCGAGGAGAGGACGCGCCACCACCACCACAACAACAACAACAGCAACAACAACCACCACCACCACGGACACCACGACGACGACGGCCGCGAGCACGCCCACUUCCACACCAAGUUCACCGUCGGCGAGAACGACGGACAGGUGCACGAGACUGACAGCUCUGAGAGCUCGGAGCUGUCUGGACACGGCUUUUUGGAACCACACAGGGAGCCCAUUCCUCCCAUCAUCCCGAGGGAGCACGAUUACCACAACAAGUAUGAGGUCACAGACCACGAGUCGUUUGAAAGGCGUCCAAUUUCCGAAGAGAGGCACCCGGUGGAAAACUUUGAUGAAGAGGAAAGGCAUCAUGGGAACCAUCCACACUAUGACGGUUACAAUGCCCUUCAAACAGAACUGCGGCCAGAUGAGUCACAGCAUCACCCCAGUCCAGCCUUUGAAAAGGAACGUUCUCCAUCUUAUGACAGAUAUCGGAAUGAAAAGUUCGAUGACAAGUUUGUCCCAAGAGAGAGUAGAGGACCCAGGAAACAUAAAGGGAAGAGAUUUGAUGAAAAGGCUAGACGACAAAAGUAUGAAGUAGAAGAGCCAAAUCAAGAAUCAUCACCCAGUCGAGAAACCUUCUCAUCCCAUGAAAAUCCACCUGACUAUGAACCCAUCAGACGCAGAAAACAUAACUACAAUUGGAGAUAAAUGGAAGGCCCACAAACAAUCUAUCUGACAUGACAAAUCUCCAGCUCAAGCAACAAUGUAGCUAGCCAACCAACCAAUCCUGAUCUCCAUUCUAUGUCCUAAUUGGCAGAGUCUGUUUCAUUGUUGUAUGUUUGUUACUUGUUAUUUACAUUCAUAUGUUUGUUGUUUAUUUUAUAUAUUGUUAUGUUAUUAAUUGUUAUUCUAUAUAUUGUUUAAAGUAUAUAUUUCAUAUAAAAACUGCUUAAGCAUAUGAAUAUUAUUAUGUGCCCAUGUUGACAUUGGAUGAAUAUGUUCCACAAAAGCACGAAUUUGGCAAAGUAAAGUUGCUAUAGAUAAGACGUUGAGGCACAUUUAAAUAAAAGCGUUGAAAGUGAAACGUGCAUAGGACAGCAGAACAGCAGAAAAGAUUGAGGUUAGGAGAUGGCCAUCACUAACAUUUAAGUAGCAAGGCUCACAAGUAUCAUCAUUUGACAUAAAACGAUAAAACUAGAUCUAGAAUUCUCUGCCACUAAUAAACAAGAAGAGCCCAGGAGGAACGAAAAUCAGGGUUUAAUGAGCGACUAGAAGUCCCAACACACUUUAGGGCAGAUUACAGCUGAUGACAAGUUGGAUCCUGACACCCUGUUGGAAAGAACAGACAACUUACAUGCUGCCCUUACGACGGGCCUGGCAAUCCUCUGAAGAGCAGACAUUUUAGAAUGGGCUUAUUUCUUCGCUGUACGAUGCGACUGCGAACUUCGCAAAUUUCUCAAGGAGAUUUGAGACGAAAGUCUGCUGCUCCUUCAACGAUCAUAGCCUUGUGUGAACGAAUGAAAACGGCUUCGAGCACUGAUCAAAAAGUUCACAGUGUUCGCU